UAGAAAGAGUCCAAUUAGCGAAAGAACGAAUCCGAUGACGUCUUACAGAAAGAAAUCUCGUCGGUAAAUUUUCCCUGUUUACCACACGGAUCUUGAUGUUGUUGUUUACUCUCCUCUGUGUCUGUGUCUUUCUGUCUCUCUAUCUCUGUGUCUGUCUUUCUGUCUCUCUAUCUCUCGGUCGCUCUUUCUCUCGCUCUCGCUGUGACGUUUGAUUUGACGAUUAUAUUGAUCAGUAGGUCAGAUUAUUGAGCAUGUGGCUGGAAUCAAUUGAAGGGUAGAUGGAUGGGAGUGGCUGAAUUGUUUGAUAGAUGGAGGUUAAUCGAUGUUAGAUCGGCUAGUGAAGUCGUCGACCUAUCAAAUUCGUUGAAUGAUAGGCUGAUCAGUUUGUCGGUGCUUCAUCCGUAUGCCGGUGUGGAAUUACAGUAAGUGGAAGAAGAUUUUCUUCCCCCUCUUCUCUCCCCGGGUCUCUCCCCCCCCCUCUUUGUCCCCUCCUCUCAGCCUCCCUUCUCUCCAGGCCCUGUCUCUUAUACACAUCUAGAUGUGUAUAAGAGACAGAGAAAGAAGAGGAAAGAGGAAAAAUGGAAGAGGAUAUGUGCUACGUGCGGCCCACGAGAAUUGACGGAAGAUGUGCUGGAACGUGAAGGUGAUUCAAAAAUUCAAGAAAACGUACGACAAGUUGUGGCCUGCUGGCCCAGGAGCUGAAGACCAGACCCAGACGGUUUCUUGUUAUAUGUGCCGGUACUUCAGGGAGUGUGGGAAGCGAGCGUGCAAUGGCAAUUGCUGCCGCUAUUGCUUGAAGUCUCCCAUAGCUCAGGGGAGUGGGCGACUUUCGCUGAGCGAAGCAGAUGUCUUCUUCAGGGAAGCAGAAGCUAAGCUGCUGAAUGACACCUCCGACACUGCUCUGCCUGAAACAGGUGACUCUGGCAAGGUAAGCAUAGAAGAGUGACAGAUGUCAAGUUUUUAAGCAGAAGCCAGAGUAAGGAACGAUAGUCAGGAGAUCUCGGUGUCAGCGGUGCCAAGAGUGAGACUAUCAUAUCGGCGGUGCCUGACGCUGGCAGGGUUAGGCCAACAAGAGUGUUGAGUUGGUAUUGCUCCCUCAGCCAGCACAGCCGACUUCGAGUCUGCUUUGCCUGUCCGUCUGACCUGAGGUCCAACAGAUAACUGUGGUGUGCUUGAGUUUAUUAGCAGCAGCCGAAAAGUGGAAGCAGGAGGCAGAGGACUAGGGUGCUGCAAAUGUUUAUAUUGUUAAUUUCUUGCUUGUGGGCCUCGAAUAAUGCCAGA